UGCUAGUGGUCUUCUCCAGAUUCACUCAGUCGCACACAGCGCUGUAACGCAAACACCAUGCUGACGGAGGCGCUGCUGGGGAUCCUCCUGCUUGUACUGGUCUUCUCCUACGCCAACAGAAGGCCGCAAAAUCUCCCACCGGGAAUAUGGGGCUUACCUUUAAUAGGGAAAUUUCCUUCCAGCGAAGUCUCAGUCAGCGAGCAGGUGGUGGAACUCAGGAAGAAGUUUGGAAAUAUUUUAUCCUGGCGGAUUGGUAGUCGAAUCUUCAUCUUCUUCUGCGACUAUAAGACCAUCAAAUCCGCUUUCGCCAAACUGGAAUUCGCAGACAGAACGGAUUUCUUCAGCGCCGGUCACUUCAAUAAAUUCACCAGGACCGGUCUCAUUAACACCGAGGGCCUGCUCUGGCAAAACAACCGUCGGUUCGCCCUCCGCCACCUGCGCGACCUGGGCAUGGGCAAGACCCGCCUGGAGGAGGCCAUCCAGCACGAGGCCGUGUGUCUGGUCGAGGACUUCGAGAGGCACGCGGGUCGGCCGGCUCCGCUGCCAUGGUCCAUCAACGUGGCGGUCCUCAAUGUCAUCUGGCAGAUGGUUGCAAGUCGACGACACAACGUGAACGACCCAGAAAUCCAGGAAGUCAACAAAAUCAUCAACAUCUCCUUUGAAGAAUUCCAAGAUAACGUGAUCUGGUUUGAUUUCCUGCCCUGGUUGAUACCCAUUGUGCCCCAUUUCGUUAAGAAGUGGAUUGGUAUCGCGCACUUGCCCGAUUACAUAGAAGUGAUCAGCGAACGCAUGAAGAAGCACGUGAAGGAGCACCAGGCGACGCUCGACCCCGAGAAUCCCCGAGACUACAUCGACGCUUACCUGCUGGAGAUGGACGCCCAGAAGGACGACCCUAACUCGACCAUGAGCAUUGAAGAUCUUCUGUUCUGCAUGAGUGACUUGUUCGUAGCUGGGAGUGAGACCGUGUCCUCGACCAUCCGCUGGGCCAUCCACUACCUGGCCAAGUACCCUGAGAUCCAGGCCAGAGUGCACAAGGAGAUCGAUUCUGUGGUUCCUAGGGACACCUUCCCUUCCAUUCAACAGAAGACUAGCCUGCCGUACCUGGAAGCUGUCACGCUCGAAGUGCACCGUCUGGCAUCCUUGGUUCGCUUGGGAGUCCUUCACUCCUGCGCCAAAGAAACGCAGUUCGAAGGCUACAUUAUACCCAAGGGUGCCAUCCUAGCAGGUCACCAGGAAGGCUGCCACUCAGACCCGGCCUACUGGGAGAAACCUUAUGAAUUUUAUCCCGAACACUUCCUCGACGACGAAGGGAAAGUCCACACUAAGAAGGAGGGCUUCUUGCCGUUCGGUCUCGGUCGCCGCCAGUGCCUCGGGGAAUCUCUGGCCCGCAUGGAACUCUUCGUCUUCCUCUCCGCCCUCCUGCAGAACUUCACCUUCUCGGCUCCCGAAGGCAAGGAGCUGUGCGUCGAGAAGGACCCGAAGCUUCUUAUUCUCAGCAUGCCGAAGCCCUUGGAGAUCGUCAUUACGAAGAGAGAAGGAUAGGAGAUGUUGAUAAAGAAUGUGAUAGGGGAUGUAGAGAGAGGAUGAUAAGGGACAGGGGGAGAAGAUGAUAAAGGGCACGAAGAGAAAAUGAUAAAGGACACGAAGAGAGAAUGAUAAGAGAUGUGAUAAAGAAUGUGAUAGGGGACGUAAAGAGAAAAUGAUAAAGGACACGAAAAGAAAAUGAUAAGACAUAUGAGGAAAAAUGAUAAAGGAUAUGACAAUGAAAUAAAAGGGGAUAUGAAGAGAAAUAAUAAAGGGUAUAAAGAAGAAAAACAACAAACAAAUAAAACAACAGAUAUGAUAAAAUAAUAUAAAGGAUUUGAAAAGGGAAUGAUAAGAUGUAAAGACAAAAGAAUAAGGGAUAAGUAAAUAAGAAAAUAACUAGUAAAUAUAAAAGGGUUUGAACUGAGAAUCAUAAGAGACAUGAAGUAUUAUCGCUUACUUUGGGCAGCUUUGGAUCAAGUAAAUGUAAUCGAACACCA